AGCUCAUUUUAUAGGCAUCAACAAACAAAAGCCAAUUAUUCAACUUAAAGGUUCGUACUAAAGCAUCACAAAUAACACCUGCGAUCUUUUAUACAAAAAAAAACAUGCAUUCAUAUCCACGUCAGCACAAGGUAAACCACUUCUCACCGCUGCUAAUGAAGUAGUCACAAACUUUUGAUUUAUCGAUUUCCUUAAUAUAAAAUUGAAAUCAACAACAUCAACCCGCGCUUCCCGAAGACUGCCUCUUAACUAUUAAGCUCUACCAGCUAAGGUAAAGUUUUAUAAUAUUCUUCGAUGCUUGCGUCCUUUGCAAAUCCGUGUAAUUGAAAGUGAAGCCACGUAGACCUGAUGAAAAAUCAAUUGGCAAUAAACACAGGAAAUAGGAAAUAAAGAAUUAAGUUCAGCAACUCGUUACAAAAAAAAAAUAAAAAGUAAAUUAAAAAGAAUAAUAAAACAAGAAAAACAGAGUAGCGAGAUAAAGUAAGAAAGUCAACAAGCUCAAGAUUAAACUGCCAAGAUUUAAGAUAAAUAAAACAAAGUAAACAAAAAAUAAAAAUAAAGUGGAAGCUCUAGACUGGAUUGUAAAGUGCAUAACUCAAAAAAAGCUGCAAUCAAGCGCCUAGCAGCCACAAAAUAGUGGCCAGUCUAACAAACAUUCCAGCAAACAGCUUCGUGACCAGCAUGCGCCAUCACACGCCACCUGCCAGCGGGUGUUGGCUGCUGCCCCCACAGCGCCGCUUCACAACUACCACCAACAUCACCACCGCUAAUUGCAGACUUCCCCGUCCCACAUUCGCAAUCGCGCUCGCUGUGUUCAUCAUUGCUUGCCAACUGCCGGCGUCCACUUUGGCCGUCUUCUCACAAAAAGACUGUCGUGAUCUCGGCGCCAACUCGCAUUGCCAAUGCUCAACGAUGCCCUCACGCUUCGAGAUUCAAUGCCCGCCCAUGGAUUUUAAUCAGAAAUUCACUUUACAAAUCAGUCCCGGCGAGCAUGUGCAAAUCGAAUGCGAUCGUGUGGAUGCGCGCGAAUACAGCCUACUGCCGCGCAUGUCGAUUGGCGUUAGUAAAAUCGUACAGAUCCGUCACUGCCCGCUGCCGGGACAUACGCCUAUCGCGCGCCUCUUCGAACACUUGGGCAUAACAAAGGUGAAUUAUUUGAUGUUCGAAAGUGGCGAAUUGGGCGCCAAUCUGACGCGUCACCAUCUCAGCGAUUUGGAGAAUUUGGCGCACCUACGCUUCAGCUCGAACAGUUUGACGCACAUGCCGGAAGAUUUGUUUGCCGAUUUACGCAAUUUGAAUUGGUUGGACUUGCGUUCGAAUAAUGUAAACUUAACGGAAAAACUAUUUGAGCCACUAAAAAGUUUGACAUUCCUCGAACUUGGACACAAUAAUUUGAAAACAUUACCAAAGGGUAUUUUUAAGAACCAGCAAAAACUGUUGCAUCUCAAUUUGUGGGGUAACCAGUUGCGUAAUCUCACCAAAGACGUAUUCGAGGAUGCCACUGCAUUGACCGACAUAGACUUGAGUGCCAAUAAUAUUGAAACCUUUGCACCAGACGUCUUUCAGCCACUAACCAAUCUAAGCAGCAUCUACAUUAAUGCCAAUCAUAUACGCGACUUGCCUUAUGGACUCUUCGCCAACAAUAAAAAUCUCACUGAAUUCCGCUUGAUCAACAAUCGUGUGGCACUCAUCUCGCUGCCGUCUGGACUCUUUGCCAACUUGCCGCAUUUGAAGGAUGUGCGUUUGACUUGCGAGCUCGAGGCAGUGCCCGAGGAUCUGUUUAAAAACUCAACAAAACUGACAAAUUUGACUAUGAAGGAAAAUAUGUUGACUACCUUGCCAGCUAAGCUGCUAUUCGACCAACCGGAGCUGUACGAUUUGGACCUGACGCAUAAUCGGCUACAAACGCUGCCAGAUGGCUUGUUCCAGAACACAAGAAACUUGGUGGAACUCAGACUGUCGCACAAUCAGCUCACAGAAAUUUCAAGCGAACUUUUCAAUCCACUGGUGCGUCUGGAAAUCUUACACGUAGACAACAACAACCUCUUUACAAUCAAUAUCAAUGCCUUCCACGACACGGCCAACUUGAAAUUCUUAAAUCUGGAAAACAACAAAAUCGAUCUCACCGAAGCGCAUGCCGCCAUGCUCGAACCCAGCCAGCAUUCGAAUUCUGAUUUCGAUGCAAGCUCACCAUUCCAAUUCCUCUACCAGCUUGAAGAGCUGAACUUGCGCAACAACUCCAUCAUGUACAUCUUCAAUGACUGGAAGACCCAACUACUCGAACUGCAAAAGCUCGAUCUCAGCUACAACAACAUCACCAUCUUCCACGACCAAGACCUGCAGUUCCUCAGCAGGCAUAGCGUCGAGGUAAAUCUCACGCACAAUCUCAUACACGAAAUCAACUUCAACACAAUCAAAAUCAUGGACGCGCCUUUCGCCGAUCGCGUAGUGCACAUAGACCUCAACAAUAACCCGCUCCACUGCGACUGCCUAAUGCUACCCUUCUUGCAGUUCGUUUUCGGCGAAUUCAAAGAUAAAUUCGAGUACAAAAUCGAUCUGACAACAUCCAAUUUGCAAUGUGCUGGUCCGCCAGCGUUGAAGGAUAAGCAUAUGCACGAACUCAGCUACAUGGAACUGGUGUGUCCACUGGACGACAGCGCCUCCAGCGUAAAGCGUUGUCCUCGCGGCUGCGAAUGCUGGGUGCGUCCGCACGAUCUUAUGCUCUUGCUGAACUGCUCCAAUGGUAAUAUGACACGUUUGCCAACACUGCCGCACGAGCCGCUACUCAAGGGCAUUGAGUUGUUUGUAGAGAACAAUAAUAUUGCCAGGCUACCUUUGGCCACCACCAGCGGUUAUGCGGAUGUGAAGCGAAUUCAUGCCGCCGGCAACCAACUACGCCAGAUCGAUGUCAACAACUUGCCCGUGGGUCUGCAGUACUUGGACGUGCGUCACAACAUGUUACAGCGGCUUAACAUAAGCGUGCUGAAUUUCCUGAACAGCAGCAGCGCGAUCGAGGGCCUACUACUAUCACACAACGCGUGGGUUUGCGACUGCGAAGCGAAGCCGCUGCUUGAGUUCACACAGAACGCUGCAGUACUGCAGAAGCUGUCCGUGCGUGAUUUCAAUCAGAUGCGCUGCGCCGUCGAUUCGGCAAAGCCGCAACAUGUGCAGCUGUUCAAAGAUAUUUCCGUUGCGGACAUUUGUCCCACUGAAAUAGGUUUGGUCAUCGCUUUCGGCAUCAUCAUAGCACUGCUCGGUCUGCUAAUAGGCAUUUGUGUAGCGCUGUUUUACAAAUACAAUCAAGAAAUUAAAGUUUUCCUCUACGCGCAUAACUGGUGUCUGUGGUUCGUCACCGAAGAAGAGCUAGACAAGGACAAGAAAUACGAUGCUUUCGUUUCCUACUCACACAAAGAUGAAGCCUUCAUCGCCGACUACCUUGUGCCCGAGCUAGAGCAUGGCCCUAUACCGUUCAGGCUGUGCGUGCACGUGCGUGACUUCAUUGUUGGCGGCUGUAUACCUGAGCAGAUUGUGCGCUCGGUGGACGAAUCAAGACGCACCAUUGUAGUGCUGUCGCAGAACUUUAUCGAGUCAGUGUGGGCGCGCAUGGAAUUCCGUGCCGCACACCAGUCGGCGCUCAACGAGAAACGCAAUCGGUUGAUAGUUAUCAUCUACAGUGACAUUGAAAACAUUGAAAAUUUGGAUAGCGAACUUCAGGCUUACCUCAAGACAAACACCUACCUAAAAUGGGGUGAUCCAUACUUCUGGGACAAGUUGCGCUAUGCUAUGCCACAUCCGAGCAGAAAAGCAGGCGGCGGCGGCAGCGGCGGUGGACUGGAGAAGAGCGCAAUGAAGAGCUCAGUCGAUGAUAAGCUCGAACUGAUCAAACCAUCACCGGUAACGCCUUCACCCACUACGCCACCAGCAAUGGCGGCGAAGAAUCCCUUGAUAGCACAUUUGAAUGGUGGCACACCGCAGACGGCGAUUAUCAUACCAAAUGGUAAGAUGGCAAAUGGCAAUGCGACACAGUAUCACAUGAAUGGCAAGACACCGAAUGGACACAUCAAUGGCGCUUUCAUUAUCAAUACAAAUGCCAAGCAGAGCGAUGUAUAGAAUAGGGAGAAAGCGGAAGUGUUUCAGUUCGACGACGAUCUGUUGUUUCGAUGAGCCUGA